AUGAAAGUGUGCCUCCUUAUAAGUGCGGGUUGCGAAACGAGUGUUAAAGACAAUCGCACCGUCCCCUUCCGCGAACCAGAAACGCAGAGACCGCGAAUCUAUCGAGAACGGUUCAUUGAGCGACGGGAGGGCGACGUGAGCGGAGCGCCGCGAGCGAACGAGCACGAAACGACAAGAUUGCGACAAACUCUAGCGGCGCGGCUCGCGGAGAUCGACGACAUCGUGUCUGAAUUCGAUCGCGUGUCGGAAAGGAUCGACGAGUUCCGACAGCAGAUAGAAGUGUUGACAGCGAAAGUUAGGACUUUCUACGUGUUUGGUGAGGACGAGGCCGAUAGCGUGCGCGAUCUGACCAAAGAAGUUUCCGAUUUAGUUGAGCGAACGAAGAGUUUCACGGAAGAGAGUCGGAAGCGUUACGGAGGAUCAGCGCCGGCGGACAUCGCUCAGGAGCUGUCCUCUCUAGAAUUAUCAUCUGAGGCCCUGGCAGCAGCUAUGGAAGAAAAGGAAAGGGAAUGGAAACGCGCCCGCACUGCGCGCUCGGAGUAUGCAUGUGAUGUUGAAGACGUCCAGGCAUGGGUCCGAGCGGCGGAACACACUGCACGGGAUAGAACAUUGCCCCCCGAGCCUUACAAGGAAAGGCUCGUGGCCACCAGAUCGGAGGUGCCCAACAUAGCGGACCGUGUGGAACGUUUGACUCGUAAUGCUCGAUCAAUAGUCGAGGGUAGUCGCGAUGCCGGCGAAAGACAGUUGGUACAGUCGACCGUAUCGGCUCUGUCCGAACAGUUUGCGGCAGUGUGCAGUGAAUUAGAAGCUCGGCAGGCGGCCGUCGAGGACGCCUGCGAUGCUGUUGCCAGAUUCCUGACUUUACUCGAGAAAGUCCUACUGUGGGUGGAGACUCAACGUGCAUUCCUUGCGCGGCCACUCCCAUUGGCCGACUUGCAGGAGGCACAACAGAAACAGACUGAAUAUGGGAACGCGCUCAAAAGUUGCAAACAACAAGCCAAGAAUCUAGCGGAUAUGGCUAAAGAAAUAGAAGCGAUAGAACGCGUGACCAGUCCUGGAGAUCUGCCCUCGCGGCUAGAGGCGGCGGAGAACGCAACAGUCGAUGUCGAAAAACGAUUGGCGAAGACAAACGGUCUACUACAGGAACUCGCCGAGGAGUGGGAGCGAUGCGAGAGAAAGUUAAAGGACGUCGAACAUUGGCUUGAGGCGACCUCGAGAGCGCUGGAGGCGCCUCAGAACACAAAGAAACCUCUCAGGGACCGUUUGGCACUGAGAGAGAAAUUGAUCAACGAUAUUUCCACUCAAAAGACAAAGAUCUCUUACGCGGUGGAGAAGCUUAACGUACACUUCGGGCCGGAUGGCGUGGCGGCGCAGUCCCAUGGGCCCGAGGGGGUGGAGGCAAGCGCGCGCGCUCUUGUCGCGGCGCUGGACGCGCUGGCGGCCCAGACGGCCGGGCAGGCCUCGGCGCUAGGAGCGGCGCUGGCGCAGCUCGAGGCGUAUUGUGCUGACGUAGCGCGCCUGCGCGCACAGCUACUGCAGGCAGAGCAGCAGCUGCGCCACGCCGCGCAGCCCAACUACAGCCCGCGCGACCCUGAACGCGCGCAGCGCCAGCAACAGGAGGUCGGCCGGCGUAUCGAAGAACUGACCGGGGCGAUCUACGCGUUGGACCCGUACUUCGUGAUGUCGACGGACGAGGCAGCUACUCUAUCGAUGCUCGUGACGAGCGCGCGCCACGCGCAGUCCGCCCGCCGCGCACGCUCGCCCGAGCGCCGCUCGCUCAGCACACUCAGCGCAACCAGCACGCUUGCCCCCCAGCCUUCCGCCCGCGCUCGUUCCCCCUGGGCGCUGGGCGGAACCACCUACGCCGAGAUAGUCAAGGGCGCGGGGUCGCGCUCUAGUUCCCGAGGAGAACCGCGGGUUCCCUCAUCCCCAGCUUAUGAUGAUCAUACUGAAACUGAUAUGACCCCAGUGCUCGAACCGUGUGUGAUUAGUGAGAAGAUUGUUGAUGACCCUAGUGACACCCGUGUUUGCGAAAUUGAUACAAUGAGUUACGAUAAAAGUGUCAGUGAGUCAUGCACUGGUGAUGUGAACUUAUACUAUGAUGAUAAUAAUGUAGGAUACUUGGGCUCAGAGCCAGUUCAAGAGCUAUAUACCACUCCCUCAAUUGAAUACCAGGAGCUACCUUUGGAAGCACCAGAAGUUGAAACUAUAUUAGAUACUUUACCGGAGCAACCAGUGCUUGAGUUACCGCCUAUCGACAAAGAAAGACCUUUAAGUCCAUUUAAGGAACGCCAACAUGAAUUAUCCUAUGCUGAAAUUUUGGCACUCGGAUUACGAAAACAGCCACGCACUCAGAGCGUAACGGCCUUACCGAAACCUCAAGUCGCCCAAGUGGAAUUGGUGAAAGAAAUAGUAGUAGAAUGUGUUGAGACAUCUCCAACAAUUCAUCCGCAUGAGUUAAAAAGCGAAAGAUAUAAACCCGAGAGGCCAGACAGACUGGAAAGGCCAGAAAGGGUAAACAGACUUGAGAGGCCCGAUCGUCCACCUCCUAGAAGUCGAUCUAGAGAAAUGCCAAGACAAAGACGCGCUCCAGAGAAGCGAUCUACUAAGGCACAUGACGUACAAAUUAUGAAAAAGAAAAAGACCAUGAAAAAGGCAAUUGAAGUUCAAGAUUUUGAUGAACCUGAUGUGGAAUUAGAACUAAAUCCAAUUAGAACUACACUAGAACCUUUGCUAGUACCACCUACAGACCCCGUUAAAGAGGUCAAAGAAGUCACAAAAAAGCUUAAACACAGUGCCACGGUUGUUGAGACUGUCACUGAAAUUAUUACAGAGGAUUCACAUGUUGAGAAAGCCAGUGAAGAAAUUGAGCUUAAAAAAUCUAGAAAGAAAAAACAUAAAAAAAUUAAAGCAUCUCAAGACGAAAUUCAAAAAGCUCUCAAAGAAAUUGAGGAUCUAGAAAAACAUAAGAAAAAGAGAGGCAAAGAAACGAACGAUGGUAUUAAAGAAAAGACAAUGGAUACAGUGGGUAUUCAAUUAAAACAGGAGAUACCUUUCGAGCCCGACGUAAUUGAAAUAAAAUCAAAUACACAAAAUGUAGACGACGUACAACUUAAGACAAAGAAAAAGAAAAGUAAUAAGGAUUCACAAGCGAAAACUAGCAACAUCGAUGAAGAAGUCAAAACUGUCGAAUCUUUAGAGUCAUUUGAAACGAAAACAAAAGAGAAGUCUAAGAAAAAGAAGUGUACCAAACAAUCUCAAGCAGGCCAACUUGAUAAAAUAGAUGAUUUGCUGAAUAUUAUAACAGUAGAAACGUCUGUGAUUCAAAAUCCGUCUCUUCACACUAAAGAUUCUAAGAAAGAAAAUGUAGAAAGUAAGUUGUUAAAAGAGACUCAUGAUAAUAAACAAUUAAUUGUUGAACUUAUUUAUCAACCAGAAGUCAAAGAGGGUAAGCAGGAAGUUAUUGAACCUCUUUCAGACAACCAUGUUAAAGAUUGUAUUCAAACAACUACAGAAACUUUAAUCGAAAGCCCUGUUUUAAAAUUAUCACCACAAGUGUCUGAAGAAACUUUUCAGGGUUUACAUAGUACGCAAGAUGAAGAAGUAAAAACAGUCGAUAGAGAUACACAGUUUAUUAGGGAGUUAAAAACUGUGUUAACUGAAGAAGCUAAAAACUCAGAAAUAUGUGCAUAUACACAUUUAGGAGAAGCUUCGUUACCUAAAAAGGAAUGCAAAAAUAAAAGGAAAGGACAAAAAGAAAUACAAACUCUAAUAAAUACUUCUUUACAACUCACUACUAAAGAGUUAGGUGACGCACAGCAGCAGCAAGGAAAUGUAACUGAACAUCCAAUUCUAGAUAUUGUUCCUGAGUUCAUGGCCUGUGAAAGGACAACAGUAGAACGAACCAUUGAAGAAAAUGUCAAAAUUAUUGAGCCAGUUGCGGAAGAAAUUCCAAAUUUAGUAGGACAUGUCGAAGAACAUAAAUCGGUUAAAAAAAAGAAACAUAAGAAGACCAAGCAAUUAGUCGAUGAUAAUGACCAUGUUGGAGAAAAAAUGUUAAAGAAAGAAGAAGAAUGCUUGCCUGCUAUCGAAAGAACUAAAGACAUUGAUCAAGAGAUAGAAAGUUCUAAAAUACAAGAAGAAUCAAAGCGAUCUAAGAAGAAGUCAAAGCCUAAGCCUAAACAAGAAAAUGAAGGAAAAGAUAAAGAUGAAGAAAAUCUAACUGAAUUACCAACUUUCGAUGCAACUAUAGUCGAACCUAUUUUAGAAGAAACUAAACCACAUAAAAGAAAGAAAUCUAAAAAACAAAAAAUUGGCGAUGACGAUAUCGAUAAAGCAUUGAAAGAGAUUGAACGAUCUGAAGGUUCGAAAAAGAAACUGAAAGAAAAGGCAUCCAAGUCUAAAGUUAAGCAAGAAUUAUAUACUGUUGAAACCAAUAUCACUACAGAAGCCGUAGACGCAGAAAUAACUACUAAAGUAACCUCUAAUAUAAAAACUGAUACAGAAACUUUACCUGUAGAAGAAGUCGAUGAUAUUCAACCUAUUGAACAUAUUGAUUGGAACGAGAUGUUAGAAGAAGAGGAGGGUGUGAUUGAGACAGCAAUCGAGCCUAUAAACCAACCUAUCUCUGAUUUAACUAUGAUUGGAACAGAGUAUAUUGCUAACCAAGUGACUAUAUUACAAGAAACUGGUAAUAUUUUUACAGAAGAGAAGUCUGCUUUAAUUGACAAGAAAAUGGUUGCCCCCUUAGAAGGAACUACCCAUUCAAGUAAAUCAGAAAUUAAUUUAGAAAAUAUCGAGGAUGAUAAAAUGAUAACUGUACAAGCCGAAAGAUAUGCUCCGAAUGUUACAAGUCCAUCAAGCGAGCAGAAUAAUAAUGAUAAAUUCUUCUCUACUGAUACGUUGAAAGAAAGUUCUCUUAAUGUCGUCGAAGAAGUAACACAUUACGAACCAAUUACUCAUGACGUUGAAACCCGCACUGUAUACUUAAUAACACAUGAAGAAAAAAAGCUGCCCCCUAUCCGGACAGUUAAGAUACGUAGUAAGAGUAAUUCAUUAGAAGAGCCUCAAACUAUUGAAGAUAAUUUAGUUUUAAGCAAGGAAUCGAAAAAUAACAAAAUCACUAAUGAAAAGUCUUCCAUUAUUAUUAGUGAUAAUAUUUUAGAUAGAAUGGUUAUUACCGAAGAGUUAAUUACUCAGGAAAGUGUAUUAGAUUCUGAAAGUAAACUUAUUGAAUCAUUACCUGAGGUAAAUAAAUGUAAUCCUGAAUCUGAACAAACCAAGAUAUUAACGCAGUCUGCCUCUAAUAAUAGAUGUGAUAUCACUGAAGAUAAAUCUGGCGUAGACGUAUCCAACCAAAACAUUACAUCAUUUAAUAUUGUCGAUAUUGAGCUCCAACACCAAGAACCUGCAGGAAACUCGGCAAGUGAGCAAUUAACAGAAGAAAGUUUUUCGAAUAAUUUUGAAGGAGCCAUUUUUGGAUCAGUUCAAGAUCGUAAUCGAGUGGCGACCGAAAAAAAAGUUAAUGACAAAAAACCUAAAAUUCCUUAUCAAGACCUAGUGAAGGAAAUUAAAUCAUAUGCAGUAGAUUUGGAUACACACCAGUUAGACUACGAGUAUACUCAGUUUAUUUUAAGUCAGCGAUGUUCUCAAGAAAAAGAUAGAAACACUAUAGAUAAAGUUGUAUCCACAAAUAUAAAGGAAUGCCGAGCAAAAGAGUUGAAUGUUAAAGAUGAAUUAAUUGUUAACACGGCAAACACUAUACUUCUGGACACAGACAUCAAAUCCGAACAAGAUGUCACUCAGCACGUAUCAUUAGAACAUGAGCCAAGAAAACCUCAUAGUGCCCAAGUUACUGAUUGUCUUAUAUCUGAGAGCGAUGUAGAGAAACCUGUCGAUGCAGUUUAUGCACCGAAAUCGCUGAAUUUAACAGAAACUGACGCAAUUACUGCCGAUAUCACUAAACAUGUUCAGAGAACGGUAAAACUUGAGGAGUCAAUAGAAGAUAAACAUGACAAGGAACCAAUAAAUAUUACAAUGUCUGUAACAGAAAUAAAAGAUUCUCUUGCAACUUCAGUAGAACAAGAACCUAGAUUUAAUUAUAAAGAAAUUCAAGAUGCUGAACAAGUUCUUGGAUCUCAGGCUUGUAAUAAAUUGACUGAACAAGUGAAAAGCAUUAAUGAUAAUAUAAUAUCUCUUUCGCCACUCUUAGAAGGUAUAAAAAAAACUGAUGAUGCUGAUAAAACUAUUAUUGAAUCAAUAAACGCCCAUCUUCUUAUUCAAGAAACUAAUAUGGAUGAAUUUACUCCCAGCACGGCUACAAAUGAGGCCUGUCAAUUUAAUGAAGCAGUACCUAGAAUAAAUUACCACGAAAUAAAGGACGCGGAAAUUGUAUUAGCGUCUCAAACUAAUCUUCAACAAGUCUUGAAAUCCGAGGAUAAACGUAGAGAUUUACCACAAGUGCCAUCUAAAGAAAAACAUGCCGCUAAAAUUAAUUCAACACAAUCUCAAGAAGAAAUGAAACCCCAAGAAAUUCAGGAGAGACCGCCUCUUUCUGUAGAUGUAAAUACUAGCGAUAGUUACACAGUACAAAGUGCGGACUUAAUUUUGGCUGAACGGUCAGAUAAUUAUACCGAAACCGAAUUUGUAAGUAAAAUAAUUGAAAAUGAAAAUGAAACAUCUAUUAAACAAGAAGAUAUUCAUUGUGAAUCCGAUGAAAUGAAACAUAUUUCUUCAGAUAAAUAUGCAAUUGAUAGUACAAAAUUAAUUGAUGAAGUACCAAAAUUAUCUUAUCAGGAUAUUUCUGAUGCCGAAUCUUUACUAGCAAUGAGAUUAAGUCAAUCCAUUAAAAAGUGUACAGAACACUUUGAUUCUGAAAAAACUGAUGACAGCAGUGAAAAACAAGUUGUAACACCCGAGGCAAAAGAAGGAGACAGUAGCGGUUCUGAAGGGCCUGUUUAUAUUGAAAAAUUGAAAUCUGCAAUUGCAAAAAAUAUCCCAGAAACUUUACCAGAACCUGAGACAUUUAGACAAUCUAUAUUCGAAGUGCCAAGGUUUAGUUACCAUGAAAUACGUGAUGCUGAGGGUCUCCUUGCUUUUAGAGAACGUCCUCUCCAACAAACUGAAUUGACAUCGGUUCACCAGAUUGAUAUACCUCUAGCGGAAGAUAUAAGUAAGACUUCUUUAGAUAAAUCCGUUGCAGAUAUUGUUGAAAAAGAAAUAGGCGCUAAACACGAAAGACUAGGAGAAACGGAAAAUUCAUCAAAUUCCAUAUAUGAACCACUACGCCAUAAUUAUCACGAAAUACAAGACGCUGAAAUAGUACUUGCAUCGUCAAAAUCUAGUCAAACUACACCGGAAACUAACGUUUUAGAGGUGGUCACACAAGAAGAUGAUACUAAACCUACGAAAGAUCGAUUAAAGAAAAUCACUUUGUCAUUUGAAGUUGAUGAUCUUAGCAAUACUCCAAUAUCUGUGGUUUAUGGUAACAUAGAAGAUGCUACACCUACUUCAGAAUUAACGUUGCCGGACUUUGACAGUAAACCGAAAUUUGUCGAGACUGACAUUAAAGUCGAUGAAAUAGCUCAGAAUAUCGAACAAGAAAGUGCUGCAGAAGACUCUUUUGAAAUAAUUGAUUAUAGUGAAUUAACAGAUGCACUAAUUAACAUUAGUCAAGAUGCUCAAAAACGGCAUGACAAAGUUCAAAAGUCAGAACCUUCGGACACUGUCAUAAAAACCGUUCAAUCAAACAACAAUGAUACCUUACCUCAAUCAGGACCUUAUUGCCCUAAAACUCAAGAUAAUCACACAGCGAUUCAAGAUCUUAUUAAAGAAGCUCUUCAAGAAUCUGAAGAACCAAAUAUUGUAGAAUGUCAACCAACACAUGAAUUAUUUGAAAUUGAUGACAUUAAUGAUACUCUGAUACCUCUUGUAUUUGGUGAUAUUAAUGAUAUUGAACAAUCUUUUAAAGAUAAGGAGCAGAAAACAUUUAGUCAUGGUGACAAAAUUGAAACUUCAGGAUGCCUUUGCUCUGAAAUUGUUAACGAAGAGAUGAAAUUUGACAAGACUCCUUCAUCCGUAGAAAAGAAUGAUAUAUUUAGAACUAACGAAGCCUCCACGACAUCACAUCAAAGUGAUAUCAUAGAAAUGGAGUUAGGAUUUGAGACCAAUUUAAUCUCCGAACCCAAGCCCGAUACUAUCUCGACGGAAUCAAUUAUUACCAAAAUAUUACAAUCUGUAUCAAAUCCCUCACAAACAAUUAUUUCACCAGUUACCGAUACGCAUACAUUCACGGACGUUUUAACCAACAUUAAUGAUAGGACACCCGCUAAAUCGGAAACUCUUAGUCGUGUAGAGAAAUCUCCCAUACAUAGCUUGCAUGACCUCCUUCCUGAAAUCGACUCCAUUCCUGAAUUCAAACCUUCUUAUCCAAACACUGUAUUGUAUUCGAAAUUAUCAGCUGAUGCACCAGAAUUCACACCUUCUUACAUGUAUCAGACUAUUACUACAGUGUCUGAGUGUAGAACAGAUGUAGUUAAAGAUGCACCUUUAUCUUUGACCAUAAAAGAAGAAUCUACUGAUGCAACGUCUGAAGCCAGCCAUCGUAUGCCGGUAUCAAAAUUACCAGAGAUGCAGCAGGAAUCUUAUUCAACUGUAUUGCAAACCAACAAUGAAUUGGUAGAAAAGACUCCGCCAUCGGUUGAAAAAGAUGCAAGCAAGCCAGAUAUUGCGUCUGAAGAAACACAUGAGGAACACGUGGAGGUUAAAUCAAAGAGAAACAAAAAGAAAAAGAAAAGGGAUAAAGAAGAUAAGAAAGUGGUUUCAUUACCAAAAGUCUCUGAAAUUCCACAACUUUCGACAACACAACCAUCUCACUCAACGAUAAUUGCAUCUGAACCAGUAAAUAUAUGGCAGAAAACUGCAGAUGACGGCAAAUCUUAUGCUGAAGUAGUUGCUGAAGGUUCAGUACAUGAACACAUCGAAUGUACACAGGUAAGCGAUACCUUAAAGGAUCAAGACAUUGUUAAAUCGGUACCAGUAAUUGGAGGAUCGCAAGAAACUGAAAAAGUAAUAGAGCGACCUGAGUCACCUAUUAUAGAGGAAGUAAUUGAUUCAAUUCCAGAAAGUGAUAUCAAAAUUGGGUCUUGGGCAAAAAUUGUUGCUUGUAAGCGUCGUUCGCCUGAGAUAACUCAACAUCCAGAAGUUCAUAACACUGGAACUGCUCACCCUCAAGUAAACAUUCAUCCCCCAAUGAUUCUUGUUGAUGAGUCAAGUAAAGAUUCUCAUAAACCUGACAUUGAAGUAGAUGCUGAUGGAUUUAUAAAAGUUGAUAGAAGUCGCAGAUCAAGGUCUAGAUCUAGAGAAACUAGAUCGCAAUCAAAUAUGACAGAAAACCGCGAAACUCGAGAGAAAUCUGAGAACAGGUUUGAUGCUUUGACUAGCAUGCUUAAACCAGAUGAAGUUGAAUGGAUUCAAAGUACAUCAGAAGAUGAAAAACCAACAAAAAAACCUGGCAGGAAGAGUCGCUCAUAUAAAGAAAAGGAGAUGAAGUCUAAAGUACAAGAUAUAGUACCUAGUACUUCUGAUGAAGACAAACAACUUAAAAAAGAUAAAAUGAAACGAUCCUCUAAAUCUAAAGAAACAGUCGUUAAGCCUUUGGAACAAAAAUUAGAACCUGAGCAAUUAAUAAAAGAACCUUCACAAGUUGAAGUAGAAAAGCAUGUGAUAGCCACGCCACAUCAACAAGAAACGAAGAAAAAGAACAAAAAGAAGAAAAAAGAUAAGAAAUCUGCGGAAAGUAUUGAGGCAGCAGAAACAUUUUCAAUAGUCGAAGUUACGCCUUCUACACAAGCCACAAUACCGGCUGCUACAAUACAUAAGACAGUUGACAAACCUCUGUUAACACCUGAGUUUAUUCAAACACCUGUUAAAGACAAAGUAUUCUCUGAAGCUCAAUAUUGGAAAAUAGAUCCGAGCAGUUUAGAUUUAGAUGAAAUAAUAUCUGUAGAAAUACAACACGCACCGACUUUUUCAUCCACACAAGUAGAAACCAUAAAAAUAGAAAUCCGAGAAGAAGACGUACCUACACAAGAAAUAUCUGUAAGUCCAGUUGAUGCAAGCAAAGAUGCAAAUAAAGUUCAAUCUGCUGCACAGCUAAUAUCUCAGGAAAUUCUUGCUAUGAAUAAUAAAACACAGGAACUUGAAGCUAAAAUUAAAGAAGAUCAAUCCCUUGAAAGUAAAAUGGCAGAUUUACAAAGGGAGAUUGAAGAAAUGUUACUGCCUGAAAAUGAUUCUUCGGUAAUGAGUGAUGAUUCACCUAAAGAACUUACUGACACUCAAACCUCUAUUGAAUUUCAAUAUGAUGAAUUACUGGACAAUAUAAGUCCAUCGUUAGCAACCCCUGAACCUGAAUGUUUUGACCUUAAAUCGUUAGAAGAAUCUUCGACAUGCUAUACAGAUAAAUAUCAAAUACCGAAACCUGAAGAAGACUUAGAUAACAAACAUAUCAGUAUGAGCAUGAUUGACUCAUUACUGGAUGAUACCGAACCGAUAUCCUUGACAGAAACUCAGUCUUUAGAUCAUACUGAAGAAUUGUUGAUUACUCAGGAAGAAGAUAUUACCCCCCGAGAUUCCGAGAAUAAAGAUGUCUCAGAAACUAUUUUAUUCGAGGCACAAGAAGUGAAAUAUUUAGAACCUAAAGAGAUAGAACACAUUUCUUUAGAGGAAUUAAAUAUGCAAGAGCCCAUGGUAACAGCUACUCGUUUAGAAAGUGGUACUAAACUUGAACAAGAGCACCACGGAAAGAAGAUAGUAGACGUUCCAGCAUACCAGUCAGCCAGUUCUGGUAAAACCGAAGAAGAAGAAAUCAAUAAUAUUAAAAUGAUAGCGGAAAAGAGCGGCUUUGUUACCAAUAUACCUUUAUUAGACAAGUCAGUUCGACGAGAUAAAGUAAAACUACCAAUUAAUUCUAGUGCUGUUACCACAGAUACAUUAGCGUCUUUGCUACCCAAAUAUGAAACUGUGAAUUCAAAUCUGGAAUCUAACAUCCUAUUAUCUAACAUUGACACCGAUACUAACAAUCUCACAAACCUAAAAGCGGAUACAUUCUGGACGGACAAACACACAUUUGAUGACGCGGAAAAAGUAUUAAUUGAACGUAAGUCUGUAGAAAAAACAAUUACACGUGAGAACGUAGAUAAACCGCAAGUGGUAGGACCCAUUAGUGUCGAGGAAAAUAUCAGUAAUGACAAUUCAUUUUGGCCUGAAAAACACUUGUACCACGACGCAGAAUGCAACUAUUUUCUUUCAUUGGCUAGUAAAACUAAAACUCCGGAUACUGAAUCUUCUGAAAUUAACAUCAAAGAUGAAUACGAUAAAGAUAGAGACCAGGGUGGUAGCUCUGGCCAUACUUCUGAAGCAGAGGAGCCUAAAGAGGCACCUAGCUCACCUUAUAACUCCAGCUAUAUAUCCAUGGACCUUCCCGGUGGCAUAUGUAGCUGGAGAGACAAGUCUUCGUACUUGAGUGCUGAAUCGUCCACUGUCAUUGAUGAUUUGAAAGAGAUUGUACCUAGGGAGGAUAUACUAACAACCCUACCUAUAGAACCAGCCCCACCCACAUCCAUACAGGACCUGAAGGCGGCGCCCCAGAGGACAACAAAGGAUGAAUUAUCUAACGAUAUAGAAACUCUACUAGAAGAAAUAAAAGAUGUACAAACUCGGCUUUCUGAUCUGCCAGACGAGAGUCUUGAAGCCAUGGAGGAAGGUCUCAGGGAGGGCAUCACAGUUUUAGUCAAGUGUGAAGAAGCAGCGGAAAUCCUGGAGUCAAAGGUGAUGGAGUAUCGGUCGGAGCAAGAGAUACAGCCCCUGCUAAAGGAGUUACUUGCCAUGAAGGCCAGGAUCGUGAAAUUGCUUAAUCAAGCCCGAGACGGAAUCCACAUCAUCCAGAACGCUAAAAUAGAGAUGGCGCGUCAAGCAAAGGAGGUAGAACAACAAAAGGAGAAACUUGCGAAACUGGACACGUGGCUUGAAACCAUUAACAACGGUUUAAAGGAAACCACAGUGCAGUCGGAAAUACUCGUUGAAGAAGAAAUAAUUAGGUAUAUUGAAAUUUAUGAACGUUACAUAAGAGAAUAUGAAGAAUAUGAAAUUAUAUUAAAGUCAAUAACUGUGAUAAGUGAGGAUGAAUCUAGUCAGUCUUUGAGAAUUAAGUUGAAUGCAAUGCAAAAAGCAUUAGAGGAAACUAAGCAUCUAGUCAUUAUAGAGAUAGAGAGGUUGAGACAAGUUUUAUUGCAUUUGAGAUCUGCUCCUGAAAUUGUGGAAGAGGAUAUCACCCAGACAGAUAGAACAAUCGAUUCUACAUCUAUGCCUGAAGAAGUAGCUUCACCUAGAGGGGUUGAGAUUGUCAAAGAGAUUCCUAAAAAAGAAAUAUCUGUUAUCGAAGAAAUUUCAGUUGAAAAGGUACCUUCUGUUGAAGUGGUAUCAGCGGAACCGAGCGUAGACAAAGUUCUAACAGUGCAAGAAAGUAAACCAGAAAUUCAAAUAGUUAAAGAAACCAUGACCAUCGAGACACAAACUGGCAAAAGCCUUAUGUCAGAACCACCUUCAGUUGCUGAUAAAUCAAUUAUAUGCCAACCUGAUGUGAUUCCAACAUAUGACAAAUCCAUUACAUGCAUUCCUCCUCAAGAAGUCGAAGUACAAACUUGUGAACCACAUUCCGAAAAAGAAAUGUUUGAAAGUAUUCAAAUUAAACAGACUGUUUCAGAUGGACACGAAACCAUUGAAAUCGCUACUCGGCCAGUGCACAGGGAGCACAAACUUGGUGAGCAGUCAUUACUGAUUGACGCUGAUUAUAGAGAUGAUAAGCUUAAAAAAGACGCUGAGUUAAAUAUUAUUCAUAGCCUGCCCCAGUCAUUCGAGACAGUUAUGUUUGAACCUGACGAGACGACUACAGAAGUCAUAGUAGACGCGGAUGGUACUAAAAGAAUAAUUGUGAAGAAGAUCAGAAAGACUUUAGUCACUAGGCAACAUGUGCUACAAAGUCAAGAACAUGAUUCACGUAUAUUAUCUAGUAAUGUACCAUGUGAAGCUUACUCUCAAAUAGCUCUUUCGCAGAAUGUAGGAGCUACAUCUUCCAUCAUAGAAGAUGGUGGAGUACAGCAUAUUCAAUAUCAAACGUCGCAAGGCCAAAUUGUAUCAAAUGUUCCAGGAGGUGAAGUAACUGUACAAGAGUUUGUAUCUAAACCUGAAACGUUAAUUACCAUGGACAAAGAUAUGAAGCCCGAAGAUAUCGUGCAGCUUGUAGAAAUGGGUGUACCUACUCAGAUGCAAACAACAUCAUCAAGUGUGACAGCUGUUGUUCAACAAGUAACUAAGAGAAUAGUUAAGACACGAAGACGUAUCAUUCGCCGCAUUGUCAUUAUCGAUGGUAAAGAACAUGUAACUGAAGAAGUAGUUGAAGAACCUGAUGAUGUCGAAGUGUAUGAAGAGCAAAUACCUAGGAUAUCCAUUAACGUCGAAGAACGUGGAGAUGUGCCUGAUGAAGAAGAUAAAGAUGAAAAAAGUGACAAAAAUGACCACCCUGCACUUCCACCCCGUAAAGAUGAGGUUCCCAAAAGCGAGAAGUCCAGCAAAGAUACCACAGGUUUUAAACCUGAUGAUAAACCUGAUAAUAAACCUGACGAUAGACCUGACAACGGGCAAGAUCAAGAACGAAUAAAUAUUUCAAAAGAUUUUACCGAAUCUCAAAAAUUUGAAAAUCUUUUGCAGGAAUUUAUACAAAAAGACAGUAGUCAUUCUCAUAUUACAACAUCUACCGUUACCCGGGAACUAAAAUCAAAGGAAACUACUCCGGUAGAGAGUAUUACUGUUUCUGAAUCAUUUGAAAUAUGUCCAGGUAAUCCUGAAAGUAUUACUUAUAUUGUUCAAGAACCACAAGAUGCACAAAUACAAUUCUCAACUGAAAACUUACCUCAAGUAGGACAAACUAUAAUAACAUCUGAAGGCACCCUACGUUCUACAUUUGAAACUUCAUCGACAAAUAUUGCUACAGUCGUUCAAAGAGUUGUUCGGAAAACAACAAAAACUAGAAGACGUAUAAUUAAACAUAUAACAGUGAUUGACGGCAAAGAACAUGUAACUGAAGAAGUAAUUGAAGAACCUGAUGAUGUAGAGGUUAUUGAAGAGGAACCUCAAAUCACACAUAGUACAGAAACUGGAAGCGUCACCACUAAACGUGUCAGGAUUAUAAAGAAAAUAGAAAUAAUAGAUGGCAAAGAGCAUGUCACUGAACAGAUUGUUGAAGAACCCAAUGACGAUGUCAGUGAAGAUCAAAUUUUACAACAUUUGCCAACAAGUGAAGUAUCUUCUAUUAGUCAUUCUGUCGUUGACAAAACUAAAAGUCUUAUUGAAAAUGAGGGCAAAUUUUUCGGCUUAUAUAAACAAGAUGUAGUUAAUACUACUAAUAAACUAAUUGCAAGUGACGUUGAUCUACAACAACACCAAGAGGCUACAAAUCCUUCAGAAAUCGUUACUGAAUCAGCAACGACCCCAGUAACAGAAAAAUGUUACCAUAUGUCUGCUAGCCCUGAUGUAAAUAUUGAGCAAAUUACUACACUAAAAAAGGUUCAUGAUGAACCUAAAAGAAGCAUAACUAUUACCACAACUAAAACCACCGUUUUUGAUGAUACCAUUGAUACUGUUAUUCCUACAGUGACUUCAAAAGAAACAGACGUGAAAGACGAAAAUGGCACAGAUACAGCUUUAGAAUAUAUUCAGGAAUCCGUUCAGUCUAUUGAACCUGAAAUAAGUAUUAUAAAAAUAGCUAGCGUAACUGAAGUAGGCAAUGAGACGCCAACAGAUACCAUAAUGAAGGCUGAAAUUGUUGGAACGUCUCAGAAAAAGACACACAAGGAUACAACUAAUAUGGAAAUUCACAGAAGUUUUAUAGAGAAAGAGAUGGAUCAUACGAAAGUGUCUAAAAUACCGGCAUCGCCAGUAGAAGGAAAAGCCAAAUCAGAAACACCUACGGUAGAUGUUUCGAAACACCUGGAAGAAAAAUCGACCGAAUCUAAGAGAGGCAUUUCUACUAAAACUUCACAAGCUACUCAGCCCAGUGAAUCUGUGAAAUUGACGGAACCCUCUAAAACAGAAGGUAUAGAAGCUACUGAAAUAAAAUCUACAAUAAAAGCUGGAGAAAUUCUUAAAGAACAGCCCGAGCUAGUUGAAACUACUAAAAUGCCUGAUAUUUCAAAAGAAAUUUCGUUGGCUCCAAAAAAUACAGCUCUUGCUGAUGUGAUGAAAAGCUUUAUUGGCAGUGAAAUGGAUCAUACAAUUGUUACAAAAAAUGAAACAUCAGUAAAAAUUAAUGAUCCAAAGGAAACUCAAGAUGAAGUCUCAAAAGAAUCAACGAAACCCGCACCUGUCAUCGAUGGAUCUUCAAAAAUGUCAAAAAUUACAGUGUUUGCCACUGACCCUACAACACAGGAAACGUCUAAAACAGAAAUAACUAAGGAAGAUCUUGAAAAGGAUUCCGAAAUGCUUAGUACUGAGCUAUAUCCAAACGUAGAAAACAAAGACAAAUCACCAACACUUUCAAAACCUAAAGACACAAUUCUAUGUGACGUCACAAAAAGCUUUAUUGGUAGUGAAAUAGAUCAUACUUCUGUCACCAAAGUAUUACCACCGAUAAAAUUACAACCAAACGAAGAAGCAGCCACAGAAUCUAAGGAACCAGACCUUGUCGAAUUUAAUUCAACAAAACCACAGCAAAAGACUGUGACGAAAAUAUCUAAAGAUGUUCAGAUCACAGAAAUUACUGUACCUGAAGAUAAAAUUAUUGAAGGACUUUCAAGAGAUGAAGCAGACGUAUGCAAAGAUACAGACACAUCAGAAACGUCACUACUUUCCCCAUCAGAACCUAAAACGGCGACGUUUAUUGAUAUUUCGAAAAACUUUAUUGAUAGUGAAAUGAAUCGUACUAUGGUUUCUAAAACACCUAUUACGUCAGUUCCAAAAGAAUCAUACAACAUACAAAGCGAUGGUAUGAAAACUAGACGGAUAAAGAUAAUCAAACGGAUAGAAAUAAUUAAUGGCAAAGAACAUGUCACUGAAGCAGUUGUAGAAGAGUCAGACGACGAGUUUGUUCCUGCUUCUACAAUAAUCGCAGAAAUCGAUUUAACGCUAAAUAAACCAGAAAUUGAACAAGAACUUGUGGAAGAAACUACUAAAACUGUCAAACUACCGAUACAAUCAGAAAUUUUGAGCAUAGUACAACCUAAAGAUGACCAAGUAACUAUUACCCCAGAAAUAAAUGACGGUGAAACCAUACAAUCUGGCUCUAAGACUAAAACUCAGUCUGAUUUCGUUAAAGAUAAAUUUACACCUAAACCACAAGAAAUAGUUUCCGGUAGAACCAAGAUAAUUACAACUGAAGCAGACACUAUAUCUAAAUUAAAAAAUAGUAAAGCAUCUAUUGAUAUUGUUACACAAGAAAUUACUGAACAAAAAGAUGUAGAGCAAAACAAUUUAGUAGAUUUGACUAAGAAACUUUUAGAAAAUGAAAGUAAGCAACCAGGAAUUAUCAGCUCUACCACCACAGAAAAACCGAUACACCAAACUUUAUACGAUUCUGAUAUCGAUAUGACAAAGCCUAACAUCGAGAAAGUAACAACAAUGAGUAUAGAACAAGAUUUAACACAAACCACACCGAAACCUAAUGUUAUUGACACCAUCAUUAAGGAACAGCCAUUAUCAGCGAAAAACGAGGCCGUUUCUGAUAUUCAGUAUACUGUUACAGAAGAUAAGUUCACAAGUUCUCUGAAGACACCUACAAUAAUAGAUUCACAAUUGCCUAAAGAAGAGCCUGAACUAGUAAUUAAAAAACAACCUACUACUGAAUUUCCUUUCCUUCACAGUGAAAAUAUAUUCAAAGAACCACAGUUUGGUGUUAUAGAACUAAGCAAAGAGUUUAUUAUUCAGGAAGGUACGGGUAAAUACGAACAAGUAGCAAAACCAGUAACUGAACCUGAGUUACUUGAUGCUGGCAAACCAGGUGUACAAUUAAUAACAGAAAGAGCACCAACGCAGUCUCCUAUUGAAGUUGUGCCAUUAAAAAUAGGAACUGUUAUCACUGAAUCUGAUGCAGCCCAAUUAUCUGAAGCUCCCGAAACAUCUUACAUAAGACAAUUUGAACCUCAAGUUGUAGGAUCUUCAGAUAGUGUUAACAAACUGCUAGCUGUGUUUAAUCAACCUGAAAUACAAGAUGUUCAAUCACAAACAACAAAAGUUCCAGAAUCAUCUACUUCAGGUUUACUGAAAUUGCUUCCAGAGUAUGAUAUCUCAAUGCUUCUUCACACUGAACGUCUAGAUACGGAUCUUCGAAACCUCAAACCUGAAACAGUAACUACACAACAUGAUAAACUUGGACGAACUAUAGAUAUUUCCAUGUCACUGGCUGACCAUCGUGAGCCUAAGAAAGUUGUACCUAAAGUCCAAUUCGACUUAAAGGUUGAAGAAUAUGAGACUGAACCAAUGGUAGUUAAAAAGGAUAUUGAAGUUAUAUUGCCUACUGAUAUUAGAAUAACGAAAGAAGUACCUAAACCACCAGUGAUUCAUGAAACUAAAGAACAAGUGAAAGAAGUCACAACUCCAGACUUAGUGGAGAAGCAAAUGAAGAGCAAAAAGAAGAAGAAACAGAAAAUUAAAACAAUUGUAAGUAAAUCAACAGAAAUUGAAACGGAUAAAAGCAUUGUGGAAACUGAUAGUUCUUCUUUAAGCCAUUAUGUGGAAUUACCAAGUUCACCUCAAGUAGAGUCUCCCAAGCCCACAGAAGACGUUUUAGAAACUCCUAUCGAAGUAGCAACUGUUAUUCGCAAAACUCCACCCUUGGAAACACCGGACGAAUUAUCUCGCGAAUCCAAACUACAAAAAAGUUCAGGUCCGGUCAGUGAAGUUAAGUCACCAGAAAGUUUGCCUAAAGAACCCGUAGUUGAAAUAAAAGAAGAGAUUGUAGAUUCAUAUCAGGCAUCAGAAGAUGUUUCUAUUUCUGAAGAACAAGGAUAUGAACCAGAAGAUUUAUCUAUAGGAUUAGUACCAACUCCGGACAAAAAGAAAAAGCAUAAGAAACGUCGGCAACAUGGCAUCAGUGAAGAUACUGUAUAUCCAAAACUUACUUCUACUGAAACUGAAGAUACAACUGUGACCACGCCCGUUGAAAUGCUUGAACCACUUAAAAAGGGAAGAGAUAAGAAACGAAAGAACAAGACGGUUUCUGAGCCUAUAGUGGAACCUGUAGAAAAGGAAGUCCUAGAACUGGAGCUGCCAGAUGAACCAAAAUCACUCGAAUUAGUAAUUGAACCUGUCACAGAAGAAAAACCCGAAAGUCCAAAGGUUGGCACUGAAAUAAUUAUAUCACCUAAAGAAGAAUCAUAUCGUACUAUGAGCGAAACAUCUGACAUAAGCACAGUAAAAAUAGUUGAAGAAUGCGUUCAAAGCAGCCCAGAGAUUGCGGAAAAAGAAGUGCCAACUACAGUUACAUUCCCUGUUCAAGUAAUAGAAGAAAUCGCAACCCAAGAAUAUUCUAUACAAACGUCACCCGAGGAAAGCGAAGCAGUAAAAGCUUUUACGCCACCAGGAACUUCUGAUAUUGAACUGCAAACCACCCCAACGGCAAUAAGUGAAGUUAUUACACAGACAACUCCAGUAGAAGACAAAGAGGCUCACACGCAAACUGUCGAAGAAGUUAAAACUGUUGUAGAAAAAAUAAUGUCAGACACUGAGAUACAAACGAGCAGGUCAGAAUCUCCUAUAAAAAUUAUUCGAUCGGAGGCCACUACUCAGGUUAUACCACAUGAUAUUGCAACUCCAUCAGAAAAAUUCUCACAAACAUCACCUAUUCAACCAGACGUAAUAGAAAAGCCAUUAUCACCUGAGAUUGAAAAAGAGUCGAGAGAAAUACAGACUUCUCCUGAACCUGAAAUAGAGACUGAAGAAAAAUCUACAGAAAUAUUUAUACAGACAACUGAAAGUGACAUUCAAACUGUAAAGCAAGAGAUCGCUGAUCAAGGCACAUCGACUAGUCCGUUUAAAGAAAAGGAGUUGACAGAGAUAAGUAUACAAACGCCAGAAGUUCAACUAGUGAGCUCUUUCACACAAUCUGACACUCCCGAGCCUGUCGAAGAGUUAACAGAAAAAGUUGACCAAACAGAACAGCCUUCGUUGCCUUCCCUAGAAAUAGGGAAACAUGAAAUAAUCACAGUUGAUAGUACACAACAAACGACACCUAGAGAAGAGGAAGUACGUCCUAAUGUAGAAAUAAGUGAAGUCGUGACUGUUGAUAAUUCUCAGCAAACAACACCGAGGGAAACUGAAGCCCCUAAAAUACAAACGCCACUAUUGGAAAAACCUGAAUCUCCUAAGAACCUGGUUAGAACAGUAGAUAACACACAACAGACUUCACCAAGAUCGGAACCAAUUUUGGAAACUACUCCCAUAGUGGUGCCUACACUGGACUUACAAAGAAAAGAAAUCGUAACGAUUGACCGCACCCAACAAACCACUCCAAGGGUUUAUUCAGAUGAUUCUAUUUCAACAUCAACUAGUGAGCCAUACGAAAUUCAUUUGAAAGCUCAAGUCACCGUCCCGCAGGCUACAACAGACUUCUUGGAAUAUGAACGUCAAUUUGAAGAACCACCAAUGUCUAUUUUGGGUGACAAGUAUAAACAUAAAAAACGUAAGUCAAAGAAAAAGGCGGAUUCACCUUUAGUACAAUCACCUGAAAGUCUAUCAGAUCUUAUAAACACCGAACUCUCCAUGUCUAUCACGCCAACUAGUGAAGAUGUCUCUCUCAGAGACUCAUCCUCUAUAGACGAGGGAAUUUCUCAGUUGGCUAGUUAUGUAAUGCCAACUAAAACAAUCACACAACCUAAAUUGACAUACUCCGAUGUUGUUCAAAGAUCGAAAUCUAAAUCACCAUCACCUAGUAAGACGAUCAUUCCCUAUAAAUCAGAAAAGGCAAGGUUGAUGGAUGCAUUAGAGAAGCGAGCACAAUCAGUAACCCAACCACAAAGAAGUGUUCCUGAUGAUUCUUUAACUAUAGCUUUGUUAGAACCCUCGGUGCAAAAUUCAUAUCAAUUAGUUGUCAACAAAGAAUUAGAUGAAGUAAAAGAUGCUAUUGAAAGCAAUGAUCCAACUCGAACAGAAAGAAGUGUCAUCAUAAUCAUAGAAACUAUUUCUAUUUGGCUAGAAGAAAUUCAAUACAAGAUCCAGAGACAAACCCUAACUGGGGUUACAGAAGUAAACGAAGAAAUUAUUACUUUGAUUGAAACAUUAACCCGUCAACUGAACGCUGUUAAUACUUUGAACAAUCAAAGCUCAAUCAAAGUACAAGAAUACGAGAAGGAAUGGCUUAAAUUCUUGGACGAUGUAGACCAACUCAAUGUUUCAGUUGAGGCUGUAAAGGAAACAUUGGAUAAUGUGAUUUUGUCAGAAAUUCCAACACAGCAGAAAUUAGAAAAACUUGAUAAAAUCGAAUUAACCAACUUUGACAAUGUUACGGCAAUAACAAAGAUGUACAAGCGGUGUCGCAGUCUAAUUGAAAAUAAUCCUAAAAGGGAAUGCCCAUCGAAACUUUACGACUGUGAUGAUGGCUCUAAGCAAGUAGAAAAUGCUGUUAAUACAGAGCGUGAUCGUCUAUUGCAACUUGCAUCUUUAGCUGAAGAGUACGAACAAACUCUACAAGACUUCGGACAGAUUACAGAUGUUGCAGAGGCGUUAUUGGAUGGUAAAAUCAUUGUAUCAGACCUGGAUCAUCUGCACGAAGAAAUUCAAAAGCAUAGGAAAUUCUUUGUAAACUUGAGUCACUGUAGGGCUAUUCUUGAGUCAUUGGAAGACAAUUUAGAUAAUGAAACCAGAGCAAAAUACUCAUCUUUACAUAAUUUAUUACAUGAUAGAGCUACUGUUAUUAUUGACCGAGCUGCAAGCCGUGCUCAGCAAAUGACUUUAGCUGCUUCGAGGUGGUCUUUACUACAACAUGGCAUGAAGGAAGAAAUGCAAUGGCUUGUUGUUGCCCAACAGAGAGUUCCAGAUCUAAGCAAUGUCACAUCCAUGGACCAUGAACAAUACAUCAAUUUAUAUCAAUCUGUAAGCCUUGACUUAUCACAUCACUACGCUAAGAUGUUACGUCUACUAUCCAUUACACAGAGUCUUCAGAAUUUAAUUGUAUGUUCUGGUUUAGAGACAGAAUGUUCUGUAGCUUUAGACACCCUGCUGAGACUUCAAGAUGAUGUAGACUCCAGAUUAACACGGUUAACAGCUUUUAAGGAAAAUUGGGUAACAUAUGAUUACCUUAUUGAUAGGAUCGAAGGAUGGAUGAAGGUGGCAAACAGAGAACUAGAGUUUAUUACUCCGGAUAAUAUCACGACGACAGGCAAUCUCAGAAGAUUCUGGGAGCUGAAGGCACAACACGAAGUAUAUAAUAACCUAAAGAAUGAAUCUGCAGUACAAUUUGAGAAGGCACUAGAAAUAUUACCUGUCUCAGAUGAAAUGGUACAACGCCAAUUCUUUUCAAAGAUAGAAGAUAAAUGGAGUGAGUUGGCUUCCAAGAUCAGUAACAUUCACUCGACAGCCAUUCAAAAUAUCUCAGAUCGUGACGUGUCCUCGGGUGAAAAAUUAAAUAUUCUCGAAGAAGAACUUAGGGAGCUCCGUUCUGCCGUUGAAGGUCUCAAAGGUGUUAUCAAGAGUGAAGACGAACUUAACCUUUAUAUUGAAAGACUACAAGUCAUGACCAGCAGAAUCGAUCGUAUACAGAAUGAGCUAGGAAGACUAAGCCUAUUGCCAACGGCGGAGUCUGAGCGGCUCGGCGCUUUGCUGACACAAUCUGGCAACCUGGGUGAUCAAAUUGCGGAGGAACUAGAAUGCAGUAUGUUGCUGAAAGAGAAGAUUGUCCAAGUUCAGGCGGGUAUAGCGCGGUGUCAGAAAAGCCAACGUCGCGCUAGACUGACUUUGGAGGAGUGCGAAGCAGCCGAAAGACUGGGCAGUGAUGUGGUGGAACGCGCAUCCGAGAACUGUGAUAAAUUGAUCGAUGAGUUAGGUGUGCAGUGGAGGGAUAUUCUGGCGUUGAGACAGGCUCUCCAUUCGUUGCCAAUUAGUCUGAGGGUGGUAGUGUCACCUACCGGGGUCGAGAAGGACAUCUCUGGAUUACAGGAAACACACGCGGAACUCGAAGCGGCUUGCAGCGACCUCAGCAGCCGUCUUCGUGCUAAACUUCAGUUAUGGCGACGGUUUGAGAGACAACUGGAGAUGGUCCAGAGCGCUGUCAGAGAGGCUGACUACAUGGUGGAACUACUGACGGUCCAGGGUCAGGUUGAUUACGAUCGGCUGCUCAAGGCCACUGAGAAGUUAGAGACGCUGAGCGAGUCGCUGUCGCAGCGCAGCGGCGAGCUGGUGGGCGAGCUGAGCGCGGCGGCGGCGCCGCUGGAGGCGAGCUCGGACGCGAGCGUGGCCGCCGCGCUGCGCCGCGACCUGGACAGCGCCGCCGCUGCCUACCACCACACCUGCGCCAACCUCACGCAGCUCUGUGACAAGUACAACAAGGCGGUUGAGCUGUGGCGGCGGUACCGCGACGCGGCGACGGCGGUGCGCUCGUUCGCCGACAGCGCCGAGGCGCGCCUGCACGCGCUGCGCCCCAGCGACGCGCCCGCAGUACGACAGGCAUGUCUAGAACAAGAAGCGAGAGUUGUGGAGCUCCGCUCUUUAGCUGCAAGAGUGGCGGCAGAGACAGGCUCACGCGCCUUACCAGCGGAUGCCGACGCUCUGGCCCGACGGCUGCAGUUAGUUACUGGAGCCGUACAAGCCUUGGCGGACCUUGGGGAAGCCCGGCAGGUGGCGAGGGCGAAAGCACAACAUGCAAAAGACAAGUUAUGUGAUAUGAGACAGGACUUGGCUCCAGUACAUGAGGACACUGAAAUAGUCGAAGACAAACUAAUUGCUCUUCGAGACAAUUUAAUAGCUUUAGGAAAAAGUGAAGCUGACAUCGCGCCCGCUAAAGCUGAACUCCCCGAUAUUGACCGUGACGUUGCCGACGAGCACUCAAUAGUCAGGAUCUUAGAACUAUGGCAGGCCAUGUUCAGAGAUACCUUCUUCCAUUACCACCGAUUGUCCACCGCUUUAAUCAGGUCCGGGGAUGCAGCGACAGCAUUGAAAUUGUGGCAUGAAUACUUGAUAGAUCUGCAGUCAUUCUUGUCCGGUUCAGUACCAGCCGACUAUGAGAAUUUGACAGAACACCGCCGUUUGUGCAGGGUCCACAAAAGCUUGUUAACGUCACAGAGGUCUGUGCUCAUGAACGAGAAUAGAGAAACAUCUAACCGAGACUUAGCUGACAAGUUCGACACGUUAACCAACCUUCACAACGAGACUUUGGCGAGAAUAGUUGAAAGACAUGACGAAGUUUGCACAAGGAUCGCAGCGUGGGAUGACUACAGAGAGAUAUACACGGAACUAUUGAGGUGGCUAAAGGAAAUGGAACGCGAGAAAGAAAAACUACAACUUAGAUAUGUACAUAUUAAGAGAAUACACAAAAUAUUAGCUAAGAUACAGAAUCUCUCAGAUAAGGUGCCUGAAGGCAGGAGGCAAUCGGACAAACUUCUAGUCAAUUUGAAAAAGGUCUUGGAAUUCACCGAAGAGGCGUAUGGAGCAUCUGUAAGAAUGGAAUAUGCCGGUAUUGUAAAGAGGGUAGAUAAUUUACAAGCCAGUCUUGAUACUUGGCGCGACUUUUUGACGAGGAUACUUGGCCUGAUAAAUGAAUAUGAAAACUUGUCAAAUGAGCUUCUUAAACUGUAUACGAAGACACAAGAAGAUAUUAACUCUUAUUCUGAUGUUGAGAAGUUGUCACGACCACAGCUCAAGAAAGCCAUUGAGAAGUAUUCUGAACUCAGGACUAAGAUAGUUAAAACUGAAACCCAGACAGAAACCCUCAGCGUUAUACAAGAACAGCUUAAAGAAUGCCUGAGUCCACAGGACAUAAGACUUGUAAAUCAAAGAGUAUGGCAACUGCGACAGCAGGGAGCUGAUUUAGAACAUCAAUUGUCAAUUAUUAUCCACAGACUACAGGAAAGAAUAGAAGUCUACACAAUAUUCGAGUCACGUUUGACACGAUUUGUUGAAUGGAUAACAACACUGGAAACUCGUCUCGAAAUUUCAAGUCAAAGUACUGAAAUUGCUUCCAUUGACCCUCAAGAUCUUAUUAGAAGAAUCAACUCAGAAGUACAAGCUGAAACAGCAAUGAAAGAGCGUGAAUUUGAAUGGCUCAUAGAAACAGGCACUACUCUAGUCGAACAAUCGAAGAAAGAUGAAAAGUCUUUCAGCAAGAACAAUUCCAAACAACUCAAAGAUGUGCAAGAACGUUGGCAUAGGUUACAAGAAACCGGCAGAUCAAGAAUUGCCAAGAUUAACGAACUUUUGGAAACUAUUUCUCAACUAGAAGAACGCUUGACAGAAAUAAGACUAAAACUGCAUUCGAUUGAAUCUAACCUCUCUGCCUCUGUCGUCCUAGAAUUCUUGACUGUGAAAUCUGUUGAUGAGAAAUUCAAAGAUCGGGAUGAUAUUCAUAAGAACAUAGAAAAAGAGAGUGGAGAAGUGGGAGAAACUCUCAAUCUUUGCGAUCUAAUAUUUAAUGAUCCUGAAGUUGUUCGCGGAAACUUUGAUCUCCGGAAUCUUCACACUGGCGUCGACAUCAUCGAAAAGAAAUGGAAAAACAUCUGUGACAUGUCAGAAAAACGCAAGACAGCAUUAAAAGAGGUUCGAAAAUCAGCUGAACUCUCUGCUUCUCUUCUACCAAAGGUGGAGAAGAAGCUCGAAAAUAUUGAAAGGCGAGUGGAAAAGAUCGAAACUAGGAAACGCCGUGGUGAACCUGAAGAUGAAAGUGUAGCUCGGGCAGCUACAGAUGACCUAGAAAACCUCAGUGCUGAUAUAAAACGCUUGGAAGAUGCCUACAGUAGAAUUGCUGCAAGUCGAGGCAUUGAGCUACGUGGUACGGCUGCAGAUGACGCGGCAAGGUUACGUAAUGCUGUCAGGUAUUGGCAGAGAUUGUCUGCUCGUUUAGCAGCUGCAGGUGCUGAUGCUCAGAGACAAUUUGUUGGAGCCCAUGGAGCUGCUGUAGUAGCGUUAGCUGAGACAGAUGUGAGGCUGACAAGGGCACUGCAUCUAGCCCCAGCACCACAAGAUAAGCUCAUUACACUCAAUGAGUUAGAUGCUAUUGAACAAGAACUAAUGGAAUGUCAAGCAUUAGUAGACAACGCAGACCGCCUAGCGAUAGCUGUGUCUACUAUGCCUGGAGUAUCAGACAUGGUAGCCGAGUACCGUGUCUUGUUCGCUGACGUUAGGACAAGAUUAGACCUGGCAAGAGCAGAAGUCAUUGGGGAUGUUGAUUCUGCUGUACAGGUCGAUACCCUAAAGUGGGAGACAGAUGCUGCUCUCCAAGUAGAUACACUAACGUCCAAAGAAACCUACAGGGCUGAACUCGCAUUAGCUGUUAAACAAACUUCAGAAGCCUUAGAAGCUCUUAGAAUAGCCCUUGAGACACAACCUGAUGAAAAAGCGGGCAGUGACGCGUUAGCUACAGCUGCGAAAGAAAUUGCCAAAGCUGGUUCCAAACCUGGACAGACAUUAGAAUUGGCUAAACAUUUGUCGGAGCUUCUCUUGACUGAAUGUGACGCGAAUGAAGAAGAAGCAAUGUUAAAGGACGUAGGAUCUCUAUCUUUGACUUACGAAGAUCUUCUCAACCAAGCGAAGAAACGAGAACUGCAAAUCAACAAUUUAAGGUUGCCCCACUCGGCCUUGUACGCGCUCACGUGCGAACAUGAAUCGGGCCGCUUGACGUGUCCGUUAUGCUCGGAGCGCAACUGGAAGCAACUGGACAACGAUCUAUGGCGCCUCGAGCAGUGGCUACAGUUCGCCGAGGCCACCGACGACGCCAGGACCGGCCCACCCGAACAGUACGACGCGCUCGAGGACGUCAUACAGGACCACCGCGAAUUCCUUCUCGACUUGGACUCUCACAAAUCGAUCGUCGUGUCGCUGAACGUGGUGGGCGCCCACGUGGCGGCGCACGCGCGCUCGGCCGGCGCCGCCGACGGCGUGCGCGCGCGCCUCGCCGCCGCCAACGCGCGCUGGGACGGCGCCUGCGCGCGCGCACACGCCUGGCAGCGCACGCUGCAGCACGCGCUGCUCCACAACCGGCAGUUCCACGACGCCGUCGUCGAGCUCGUCGCGCGCCUCGCGGCCGCCGAGCGCGCCGUGCGUGCGCGCGAGCCGCUGCGCCUGGGCCGCGCGCCCGACGAGCUGCAGCGCGACUUCCGCCGCUUCGCCGAGCUCAGGGACGAGCUGCGGCGCGCCGAGCCGCGCGUGCUGGCGCUGCACGACGCCGCGGCGCUGCUGGCGCCCGGCGCCGCGCCGCACGCGCGCCUGGCCGAGCUGCGCCUGCGCCUGCAGUCGCUGCGCAAGCUGUGCGCGGUGUACGCCCUGAAGCUGGGCGCGGCACUGGCGCGCCGCCCGGCCUCCGCCUCGCACGCGCUCGCCGCCGCCGCUGCCCUCGCUGCGCCGCAGCUAAUGGAGGAGGACGAGGACGAUCUGUCGGGCUUGCAGCUGCCGCCGAUUGACGAGUCUGAAAUGGUGGGUAGUGGUGAGCCGGUGGAGGAGCAGCUCAGCGGCGUGCAGCGCGGCCUCAGGUUCGUGUGCAGAGUCGCCAGGGCUUCGCUCCCCUUCCAGGCGCUACUCCUUCUCCUACUAGGUGCUGCAGCCCUCGCUCCUCACGCACAGCAGGACUGUAACUCCAGGCCCCUCUCCCUGGAGCCAGUGCUGCGUUACCCGCACGGCCCCCCGCCGCUCUGA